AUGGGUGGUGGCCCAUUUCCGGACAUUAAACUUGUGUUGGAGCAAUGCCGAUGUAACCUAAAAGAAUUCAUUUUCAACGCGAAUUAUACUGAAAAUCAUAUUAAAGUAAUUAUCACACAAAUUUGUAGAGGUCUUUCAUACAUUCACAGAAGCGGCAUCAUUCACCGUGACAUGAAACCGUCAAAUAUUUUGAUUGGCCCUGAUGGAAAUAUUAAAAUAGCCGAUUUUGGAUUAUCUCGUUUAAAACGGAGGAGAGCAAAUUUGCCUUUUACGCCACAUAUUGGUACACGAGGAUACCAGGCUCCGGAAAUUUUUUUGGGUUCUGUAACAUAUGACGAAUCAGUGGACAUUUUCUCAUUGGGUGUCAUCAUCAUAACUUUGUAUACCAAAAUGGAAAUAUUCGUGGCAAGCAUAAAUAUCGGCACAAACGCCGAGAGCAUUGUUUUCGCAUUCAUGCUAUACAUGGGAAAACCUACAAACCAAAUUGCUCCUGGAAUUGAAGAUCUACCCGAUUACGCAAGUACUUUUGGUGUUCAAAACAAUCCUAAUCUACCCGUUUUGGAUGGGUUUUGUCAAGUCAAUCAUGUCCCACUCGGUGCAAGGUUCUUAAUUUUAUCAAUUGUUAAUUACAAUCCAGCAAAUAGACCCAGUGCUGAAUACAUUCAACAGAACCCAUAUUUGAAAGUGGAUCCAGAUUUACUCCCACAACUAGAUUUACGACAUCUCAUCGAUUGA